AUGGCGUCUUCGCUGGUUGGAAGGGCGUCGAUUCGGGGCGGUUCGGAGACGGUGCAGAUGGUGUUGUUGACGUUUUGCACGAUUGGGAUUACCUUUACGUGGGGGAUUGAAAUGACUUACUGCACGCCCUACCUCCUCAACCUGGGCCUCACCAAGAGCAACACGUCGCUCGUCUGGAUCGCAGGCCCGCUGUCCGGCCUCAUCGUGCAGCCCAUCGUCGGCGUCGUGGCGGACGAAAGCACGUCGCGCUGGGGAAGGCGGCGGCCGCUGAUGAUGGUCGGGGCGGUGGUUGUGUCGGCGUGUUUGUUGGUGCUGGGCUUCACGAGGGAGAUUGUAGGGUUUCUGGGGGGCGAGGCUGGCAGCGACGCGGCGAGGAGGGUGACGGUCGUGCUGGCGGUGGCGGCGAUUUACGCGGUCGACUUUGCCAUCAACAUGAUCAUGUCGUGUGCGAGGAGCCUCAUUGUCGAUACGCUUCCCAUUGAGAAGCAGCAAGCCGGAGCUGCCUGGGGCAGCCGCAUGAACGCCAUCGGCCACAUGAUCGGCUACGGCGCCGGGUCCAUCGACCUCGUCCGCCUGCUGGGCACCUCCUUGGGCGACUCGCAGUUCAAGCAGCUCACCGUCAUCGCCGCCCUCGCCAUCCUCGGCACCACCUCCGUCACCUGCUGGGCCGUCACGGAGCGCGUCCUCGUCGCCAGCAAGGACCACGACGACGACAAGAAGCAGCGCCUCGACGACCCCCUGGGCGUCCUCCGCCAGAUCCGCUCCACGCUGCUGACCCUGCCGCCGCGCGUCCAGGCCAUCUGCUGGGCCCAGUUCUGGUCCUGGAUCGGCUGGUUCCCCUUUCUCUUCUACAGCACCACCUGGGUCGGCGAGACGUACUUUCGCUACGACAUGCCCGCCGGUGCCAAGAAGUCGGCCGACACGCUGGGCGACAUUGGACGCAUUGGCAGCGCGGCCUUGAUGAUUUACUCGACGGUUAGCUUCGUCGGCGCCUUCUUCUUGCCCAUGAUUGUGCGCUCUCCGGCUGAUGACAGCUACACGCACCGGCCGCCGCGAGCAAUGGCCGGCUUCCUCGAGAAGCUCAACGGCAUGAAGCCGGAUUUGUUGACGGCCUGGAUCUGCGGCCACUUGAUGUUCUCGGCCGCCAUGUUUAUGGCUCCCCUGGCGAGGAGCUUCAUAUCCGCCACGUUUCUCAUGUGUCUGUGUGGAAUACCAUGGGCCAUCGCAAUGUGGGCUCCAACAGCCUUCCUCGGCAUCGAAGUCAACAAACUCAGCGGCGCCCACGAUCCCUCCUCCGUCCUCCCCUCAUCCCGCUCCUCCUCCUCCUCUUCUUCUUCUUCUUCAUCUUCCACGUCAGGCGAGCUGUCCGGCAUCUACUUUGGCAUCCUCAACAUCUACACCACCCUCCCGCAGUUCAUCGGUACCUUCAUCUCCACCAUCGUCUUCGCCGUCCUCGAGCCCGGCAAGAGUCCCGAGCUGCACGAAGCCGCCGAGGACACCGCCAGUAAGGAUGCUGGCGAAGGUACGAAUGCCAUUGCGGUUUGUCUGUUUAUUGGCGCCAUGAGCACCCUUGUUGCGGCUCGGAUGACGCAGAAGCUACGGAAGUUGUGA